AUUUGUGAUAAAAUUUUAUUAAAUUAUAUAUUUGGAUUAAUUUUAUUUUUAAUAAGAUCAUUUUUAAUAUGAAAAUUUUAUGAUCAUGUAUUGAUAUUAUUAAUUUGUAUUGAAUUUGUUGUUGUUAUUGUAUUAUUUAAUAUCUUUAUAAUAUUAAUAAAUUUAAGAAUAGAGUUUUAUAUAUUAAUUUUUAUAGUUAUAUUUGUAAUAGAGGGGGUUAUGGGAAUUUCCAUAGUUGUUUUAAUUAUCCGUUAUAAGGGUAAUGAAUAUAUAAAAAGUUUAAGAUUAGUAUGAUAA